UCACUGGAAGUGAUACGACCACUGCUUCAACUUCUCGACAUGGAAUGUCCGGCUCUACAGAACUUUGAGGGUCUGCUUGCCCUCACCAAUCUCGCUUCCUUGGAUCAUAAACAUCGUUGUCGGAUGCUGCGGGAGGGUGCCUUGCCGAAGGUAGAACACUACAUGUUCGAGGACCACGAGGACUUGCGUCGUGCAGCAGUGGAGUGCUUCAGCAAUCUGGCGCAGCACCCUGCGGUAGUGGUGGCCUGUGGUGGCGAACUGCCUGCUGAGGAGGCGGGCAGCGUGGCUUGUGGGUCGAGUGGGUCGGAGGUGGUGAAACUACUGACACUUUACUGCUACGACGAGAAGGACAUCUUUUUGGUGCGCGCUGCGGCUGGCGCUCUCGCCACAAUGUCUUACGACCCUGGUAUCUUGCGCAAGAUCACUCAGGUCUCCACAUUCCCCUUAUUAUCAGUUUUCAUAUAUUCUGUUCAGAAGAUUGACUUUGACAUUCCCGUACUCACUGUUUCCCUCAUUUUCGAUUUCUGCUCUUUUGCAAAUAAGGUGGGCAAGUGGAAAGAAAAGCUGGAGGCAUUGGUGGCGCAUCCGUCGCCUACCAUUCAGCACCGCACCGUUUUUCUUUUGCACAACCUAAUCGUCCACGGUGGCAGCGAAACUGCCCGUGACAUAGUCGACUCACACUUGGUAGAGCUCAUUGACUACCUCCAACACCUUCCGGACAUCUCGGAUACGGAGAUUCUGCCCCCGGAGGCCAUCGUUCUCGGUCAG